AUGUCUGAUACUGUCGAUCCCAGUGAAAUCGAUGCGCUGCUGCGGGAGUUGGAGAGUGUUAGCACAACACCCACCUCCGGUGAAAAAGAGAGCGGGCGGCCUUUUUCCAGCCGCAGAUGCGGCUCAGGGAAUGUGGACCUGGUCGUCUCGCGCUUCCCGGGACGCACGGGACAAGCACUCUUCUCCACGUACGCCGACACAAGCAACAACGACAGCCGCCGCACGGCUGUUCCUCUCUGGGAGCGCCUGCCACCAUUAAGGCCGAUCGGCAGUGACGGGAAUGGCUCUCCAAAGGCUCCAGCUGGUCGCGGUAACGCGCUGCUGCGUCCAAUACUCGGUGGGGGGACUGUAGCCGCCUCGUUGCCGCGGGCUUCCGUUGAGGAGGUGCGAAGCUCCCUGAGCCCGUUGAAAAACGCCCCACACGGGGAUUUGCGGCUGCCACAGCAAGAACAGAAGCAGAAUCAACAACAACACGAGCAGGUGCCACCAGAAAUAUCAGAUGUAGGAGAACAAGUGUACCGGGAGGCGAACUUUCUUCCCAUUAUGUGUGCCAGGUAUAUGAGCCCUGCGGGUCUCACACCACGUGCACGCUGGGGUCACACACUGACACCGAUGCAGGGGCACAAGCUAUUGAUGUUUGGUGGAAUGGACAUUGAACAGGGGGAGACUUCUGAUCUUUUCGAGUACGACACGCAUCAUGUGGCGUGGGACCCUGUCUUUGUGGUCAACGGCACCUCGCCGACGCCUCGGACGAACCAUGCGGCAUGCUCAUAUGAGGGGCGAUGGCUAUAUAUUAGCGGAGGGACAACGGAGAGUGGAUCACGUAUUCUUGGUGAUCUUUGGUGCUACGACACCUGCACACAAGAGUGGAAGUGUCUCUGGGAAUAUAGUAGCAGCUCCGUAGGGAACAAAAACGAGCCGACACCUCGCUUUGGUCAUUCGAUGAUACUUCGUGACGACCGGCUUUACAUCUUUGGCGGCAGAACACUGAAGCGCGAUCAGAGUGAGGCUCGAAGCACAGCGAUCGUCUGCAUGUCAUCCACAGAGAUCUAUGUCUUCUCGCUCACCAGUUUUAAAUGGAAGAAACGCAUUCAUGUUUCAAAGGGUGGUGUAACUGCUGAAGAGUCAAAGGCACCAACAGCAGAAACCAUCGCCGCCACCGCCACCACAGCAGCAGCAGCAGCAGCCAAAACAACGAAAACAGCAACAAUGUCUGUAUCAAAGCUGACAGUCGAGCGCCCUGCAAAUCGGUGCCACCAUGCCGCCUGUCUUUUAAGUGAUAGAAUGUAUAUCAAUGGCGGUGUGGGUGAAAAUGGGUCUACCUUGAGUGAUACAUGGAUGUUCGACUUUAGGGAACAGCGGUGGGUCGUGCUGCAUGAUGGCGGCAGCGCGGAUGCGUUUCCGCGGCAGAAGCAUAGCCUCUUUGUGUGUGGUGAGGCACUGCUGGUAGUGGGCGGGUGCAGUGCGAGUGGGCACAGCGGCCGCAUCACAGUAAAGUACCAUAACUUUGUCGCGGUGCUGCCGCUGCAGGGAGACGUGGCGCCGUGCUGGAUCCCAGUUGCGAUGGGGAAUGUCGCCAUUGUGGCGCCCAACAAGAAAUCUUUUGGCGCCGCCUUCAGCGGUGGGUUUGUCCAUGUCUUUGGUGGCAUGUGCGGCAGCGAGCCCGCCUCCAACGCAAUGGUGCGGUUUCUCGCAGCGGACGGCUGUUUAUCGACGGACGCGCGUGGAACGGUAGCGGCUAACGAAGAUGCACUCCGCUCAAUGAUGCGCCACAUGCGUGACGGUGGCGGGUCGGCCGCGUACGACACAUACGUGCUGCCGCGCAGCUGGAACGGAGAUACCGCGGUUGACACGUUGAACAACCGGCAGUACGGCUUGCACCGUGUGCUCGCGCAGCAGCGGGCACCAAAAUUCUGGGAGGACCUCACGCGGUGCCGCAUGGAGCAGGUCAGACCCUCCGGCAAACGCUCGACGGAGACAUCCAUCAACUUGGGAAUAGGGACGGAUGCACCAGCACCAGCAUCAGAUGGCGCAUACCAGAAUAACGUUGUUGCAUACUACACCGAAGGAAACUCGAGAGUUCAAGGGCUCUCGCUACCCCUGUCAGGAGAUCAACUGCACUGCCUGUUGGACUAUAUUUACUGGGGUGAGGUGCGCCACCGUAUACUUUCUGAGUUUGAGGAGGAGGAAAACGGCGAGGAUGUGGACGCACCGGUACGGAAGAGUGUUGCGCAGGAAGAGGCGAACGUUAUACAGGUCCUGCGACGCGCAGCAGAGCUGUAUGAACUGUCCCCACUCCUCGACAUAUGUGACGCGCUGCUCUCACGCAGCCGCAAGAAGUUGAGGCAGGCACAAGAGCGCAGCAUUAAGCAGCUGCAGGAGGAUCUCUUGUCUCUGUUGAAAAGUGGUACUGGUGCCAGUGUGACGGUGCUUUUCGUUGACCCCCAUACAAAGCAGCAGGUUGCCCACUCACUGCAUCCAUUCAUCCUCAUGGCCUCCAACUCCUUCUUUAACGACCUGCUUCGACCUCUGCUGAGCGGUGAAAAGACAUCUUUUCAAGUGGGACCCGUCGCAGCGAAGGUUCGUGCUGGUGGACGCGGCCCCUCACAGACACGGCGUGGUAUUCUUGUUGGCCCCGUUUCCGUGCCGUACCUCGCGGUGCAGCCGCUCCUGCAGUACUUCUACACGCAGCGACUCAGUGUCCCGCGAGAGGCGGUGUUUGCGACGAUGCUGGGCGCCCACCUGCUCGAUGUGCCGCCGCUGCAGGCAUUCUGUGAAGCGAUUCUGGCACGAGAGGAGGUGAACUACGACACGUCAGGGCAAUUUUACUCCCUGGCGGGGAAGUACCAGGCGGCACUGCUGCAGGAAGUAGCUCUCCUUACUGCGGUGCUUGGCUACGCGGAGGUGCGCCACUCGCCGAGCUACAAGGCGCUGAGUGAGAAGGAGNCUCCUUACUGCGGUGCUUGGCUACGCGGAGGUGCGCCACUCGCCGAGCUACAAGGCGCUGAGUGA